AUGGCGGCACGGAAACAGCAGCAGGAAAUAGACAAGGAGUACAAGAAGGUGGACGAGGGCGUGAUCGAGUUCAACAAGAUCUACGACAAGCUUGAGGCUAGUAGCAAUGCGUCGCAGAAGGAGAAGCUCGAAGACACCCUCAAGAAAGAGAUCAAGAAGCUGCAGCGCUCCCGCGACAAGAUAAAAGGCUGGGCCAGUCAAAAUGACAUCAAGGACAAGAAGCCGCUGAUGGAGAAGCGGAAGCUCAUCGAGACGCAAAUGGAGAAGUUCAAGGCCGUGGAGAAGGAGAUGAAGACCAAGGCCUUCUCCAAGGAAGGUCUCAAUGCUGCCGCGAAACUCGAUCCCAAAGAGAAGGAGAAGAUGGAUGUUUGCGACUUCCUGGGGAAUAUGGUGGACGAGCUCGAACGACAAAUCGAAAGCUUGGAGGCCGAGGCGGAAGCGUUGCAAGCCACGCUCAAGAAAGGCAAGAAGGACUCUGGGAAAGCGGAUCGAGUGAGCGAACUAGAGCGGACGGUCGAGCGACAUAAGUGGCAUGUAGGGAAGCUGGAACUGUUACUGCGAACGCUCGAGAACGGGAGCGUGGAAACAGAUCAGGUGAAAGACAUUGAAGAUGGCAUCAGGUAUUAUGUUGAGCAGAACCAAGAAGUGGACUUCAUGGAAGAUGACAGCAUAUAUGACGACUUCAAUCUGGAGGAAGAAGAAGGCCUCUUCGGAAUUGCGGGCGAGAACGACCGGGUGUCAAGUCAGGAUGCACAAAGCACACAGGACGAACCACCGGACACAGAACCUGUACGACCAAGCAUACCAACCACCAAGAAGUCACAAACAGCAACAGAGGCUCCGCCGAGACGGCCUAGCGUGCAGCUCAAAUCGCCUUUACCUGCGCUUUCGUCACUACAUACAAGCUCAAAUAGCGUCAAUGGAAAGGCAACAGAAUCCAUGAAGCCGGCACCUCUACCGACGAUACCGACUGGGCAACCUCUGAAGUAUGCCUCUGCUGCAGCUGCGGCCGCUGCGAGCGACAAGAACGGCGUUGGGAUGGCACCUUUACCUCCGCCCCCAGGGGCUAUUAAACCAAGCGAAACUCCGUCACCCGCACCAGUCGCAGCACAACCUGCCCCGAGCGCAGCAGUGCCAGACGCACCUUCACCUGCAGAAAAGGCUGUGGAACAGCCUCCGAAACUGCCCAUGCCUGCCCUCAAGGAAGAGCCCAAAGCACCAGCACCAGCACCAGCACCAGCACCUGUGUCAGCACCCAAGGCAUCCUUGCGGAAACAAUCACCGCAAACUGCAUCAGCACAACCCUCACGCCAGCAAUCAAAUAGCGUGCAGAAAGUGUUACAGCCGCCAAGUCCGGACUCCGGAAUUGCGGGCAUCGCUCUAUCGCACGGCGAGAGUGCUCAGGAAGAUGACGAAGAGGAGAGCGUGUAUCACCUACCCUCGUCCCUCAUGGACCUUCUUGAUUCUUUCGAAGAGACGAAGCAACGAGCGAAGUCAGAUCAGCCCUUUGACGUGGCACUGCUCAAUGCCUCGCGCCUGACGUGCCCGACAGCACAAGAUGCAGAGAAGCCAAACCACUACAAGCCUCAGAAUCCCUACAACUACACUCCAUCUCACUACCCACAGGAGCCGCUAGGAAUAUUCGAUGAUCCCAGGCUAUACAGCCGCAUCGACACCGACAGUCUGUUCUAUUCGUUCUAUUACAGACAAGGCACUUACCAACAAUACCUUGCGGCGAAAGCGUUGAAGAGCCAAAGUUGGCGCUUCCAUAAGCAAUACCAGACCUGGUUCCAGCGACACGAGGAGCCUAAGAAUAUCACCGAGGAGUUUGAGCAAGGCACAUAUCGCUUCUUCGAUUACGAGUCCACGUGGAUGAACAGGAGAAAGGCAGACUUCAAGUUUGCCUACAAGUUCCUCGAGGAUGAUCUAUGA